UUCUCGUCUCAUUUCGGAGCUCCGUUUAAGAAAAAAAAAAAACUCACUCUCGAAAGGAGGAAUUUUGGGUUCUCAAGAAAUGAGCGAUUUUGCUAAGCGGAAUAGUAAUCGAGCCAUGAACCCUUGGGUUCUUCAUCUCCAAAAGCUGGGUCUCGAGCUUAAAUGUCCUCUCUGUUUGGACUUGUUUAAACAGCCGUCAUUACUCCCAUGUGACCAUUUGUUCUGCGAUUCAUGCAUAGUCAGAUCAGCUGAGUUUGGUCCAGAGUGCCCUAUCUGCAAAGCCCAAUAUGCAAAUCGAGAUUUAAGGCCAGUCACCUUCAUGGAGAAUAUAGUGGGAAUCUAUAGAAGUUUGGAUGCUGCGUUUUCUGCCAAUCUUUCUCAGUGUGUUGUAGAUGGGGUUGGCAAAAAUGAUAUAUCUUUUAAGUGCAGCAUGCAAAGGCAUGUUGAAGAUAAAAGAUAUAAGACUCCUAACAAAGGAGGGGUUGAAUAUAAUAGUGCUGGGAAAGUUGAUUUGCUUGGACCAAUUUCCCAAAAGCCAGUUGGGGCAUCUCAAGAGUCUGGGAAUGGGCAUAUAGGCAUGAGUCGAGGGGAUCAAACAUCCCUGGGAAGUCCUCCUUCCUCUGGUGAUACAAAGGACUCGGACAAUGAUAGUAGUGAUCAGAGUCGUGGUAAUUAUCCAGCCUUGGGAUUGGGCAAGAGAAAUUUUGAGGAGAAACUGGAUGAUUCUGUUUUAGGAGUUGCUCAUUUAUGGGAUUCCAAGAGACAAAAGGGGUUGAACUAUGGGCCAUUAGAAAUGGGUGUAAAAAAUAUUGGUCAUUGCCGUCCAGUUCUGCCAGCCCAAAACUUAGUGACUUCCAAUUUUCAAUUAGGAUCUCAAAAUGGAACACCUCUUGCUGGUGCAGAUCUGCCUGUGAUAUCAGAUGACUUCUAUGGAAAUAGAGCUAUUUGUGGAUUUUGCCAGUCUUCUAGAAUCUCAGAAGCCACUGGACCAAUGCUGCAUUAUGCCAAUGGAAAGCCAGUUACAGGAGAUGCAGCAUUCUGCUCAAAUGUUAUACAUGUCCACAGCUCAUGUAUUGAGUGGGCACCCCAAGUGUAUUAUGUUGGUGAAUCUGUUAAGAAUCUUAAGGCAGAAUUGGCAAGAGGUGCAAAGCUAAAGUGCAGCAGAUGUGAACUAAAGGGGGCUGCCCUAGGAUGUUAUAUGAAGUCUUGCCGCAGAAGUUAUCAUUUUCCUUGUGCAAAGGAGGUUCCAAAAUGUCGAUGGGACCAUGAUAACUUUCUUGUGCUUUGUCCAGCCCAUUCUUCUGUCAAGUUUCCAAAUGAGAAGCCUGGAAAUGCCCAUUCUUCAGUUAAGUUUCCAAACGAAAAGUCUGGACGUUGCAUAACAACUGAUCAUUGCGAGCCAACUGAAAUUGACCCAUCGAAAUUCAGAUUAUUUUGGGGCCCGCCAGCUGAAAAACAAGAAUGGGUUUUUUGUGGAUCUGCUUUGUCCUCUGAAGAGAAGUUUCUUUUGGUCAAGUUUGCAAAAAAUAUUGGUGUAACUGUAUCCAAGUUUUGGAAGCCAGAUGUCACACAUGUGAUUGCUUCUACAGAUGAGAAUGGUGCGUGCACUAGGACACUUAAAGUUCUCAUGGCCAUUUCAAAUGGAAAGUGGGUUCUUAAAAUGGAUUGGAUAAAGGCGUGCAUGAAAGCUAUACAUCCUGUGAAUGAAGAACCUUAUGAAGUUAUUCUUGACAACCAUGGGUGCUCUGAUGGCCCCAAAACUGGCAGACUCAGGGCAUUGGAUAAUGGACCGAAGCUCUUUGAUGGCUUCAGAUUUUAUUUUGUGGGUGACUUUGUGUCUGGUUACAAGGAAGAUCUUCAAAAUUUGGUUGUUGCAGCAGGAGGUACUGUUUUGAGAAUAAUGGAGGAACUGCUGGAACAGAAUAAUGGUGAUCAGGCAGUUCAAACGAGGAUGAUUGUUGUGUAUAACCUGGAUGCACCCAAAGGAUCUGAGUUAGGAGAAGAAGUUUCAAUAAUUUGGCAGAGAGUGAAUGAAGCACAGGAUUUAGCUACAAAAAUAGGUGGACUAGUUAUUGGCCACACAUGGCUUUUGGAAUCAGUUGCAGCAUAUAAAUUGCAGCCUUUUGUCAGCUAAGUAAAGAAUGGGUAGAUAGCUUUUUUAGUUCUGACAACAAUUAACUUGUUAGCUGUGUCUGUGUUCAGAGCGUGCCAUAAAUCUUUUCUUGUAUGUGGUUAUGAAAACUUCGUAGUUUAGUUUCUAAUAUUGAUCGGAAUGUUAUAUCAUGCUUCUUUUGA